GCAUCAAAACGACGAACGGACCCAAAAUAAUUAAAAAGUAGCCCCAAAUAUUUUUUUGUCAUCCCCAAAACCGAAAAAAAGGAACCCUAACCCUAGCCGCAAACCCCCCACGAACGCAGGCUCGGAUAAUCGAUUUAUUUGUCUGCGCGUAUUUCUUGUCCCCGUUCCCGAAUCUUUAGAGCAGGAAUUGGAUCUGAUUUUGUUUUCUUGGAUAGUUGGGAUAUUAGGGUUUGGUUUGGAGGGGGAGGAGGAUAUGGGAUGCUGCGUGGUUGGUGGUAGUGUAAUUGGAAUUGGGCGUUGGAGACGAUGACCGGCAGGGGCCGAUGCCAGAGGAGGAGGAAGUCCAUGGCCGGUGGUAGGGGCGCCGCCGAAUCGAAGAAAAGCGGUAGUAAAAACAAUAUCCCUAAUUUGAAGCCCGAAAUUACAGAAAAGCCCUUGGGUUCUCCAAGAAUUAGGAAAGUGCCCCCGACUUCAACUGUUCAGUUGGAUUUGUAUACGCAGGCUUGCAAAGCUCUCUCAUUUCGUCCCCCCUUCGAUUCCGAGGACUCCCAGGCUUCCUCAGGAUUUGCAUCUACAGCGAACAUUCUGCCGUCUGGCGUGUCGCAUCUGUUGAGCAGGCAUUCGGAUAGCAGGAAACGACAGAAGAGGUUGCAUUCGAGCACGGAAAAGAAGUCCUCCACUAGUGGUGGGAAUCGGGGUGGCAGAGUUUGGAUUGAGACAGAAGAUUAUUUUCGGGGAUUGACUGUUGAGGAUAUAGAGAAGCUCGAAAAGCUUCCAAGAAUCGGGUUGUAUAGUGACGAUAAAUGUUUCUUGAUUCCAUCAUUUAGUAAUGAUGGAAAUUCUUGUGAUCGACUUGACAUGUCUUCUGCUUCUGGGAUGCUUUCUGAGAAGAAUUCUUUGGGGCGGGAAAAUGGAGUUGAGGCAAAUGGUAAUGGAUCGAUGGUGCAGGAAGAAAAUGGGCGUCGUUCCAUGGAUAUUGAUGGUCACGAGGAGGAAUCUAAAACGUUGGAAGCAAGAGAAGAAAGCAGCGGUGAUAAAAGACCAAGUAAUAGUAAAGAUUCUUUGCCUUUUAGUGGUGUAGAAUGGCUAUUAGGAUCUAGGAGUAAGAUUUAUUUGGCAACAGAACGGCCCUCUAAGAAACGGAAGCUUUUGGGGAGAGGUGCAGGGUUGGAGAAGCUCCAUGUGGCACGCCCAGUUGAAGGGCUAGAAGCUGUUUGUCAUUACUGUAAUUAUGGUGAAACAGGUGACCCCUUGAAUUGCUUGAUUAAGUGUAGUUCUUGUUGUGUUGUAGUCCAUCAGAGGUGCUAUGGAGUUCAGGAAGAUGCAGAUGCUUCUUGGGUGUGUUCGUGGUGUAAAUGGGAAAAGAUUGUAGAUUUGAAUACCGAGACACCGUGUUUGGUUUGUCCCAAGCAAGGUGGUGCGCUGAAGCCUGUCAGAAAAAGCGGAUGCGGGAGUGAUGAGUCUAAGAAGGAGUUUGCUCAUUUGUUUUGUUGCCAGUGGAUGCCUGAGUUAUAUCUGGAGAACACCAGGACAAUGGAGCCAAUCAUGAACAUUGAUGAAUUGACGGAUGCAAGAAGGAAGUUACUUUGUUAUUUGUGCAAGGUUAAGUAUGGCGCCUGUGUCAGGUGCAGUAAUGGCUCUUGUAGAACUUCGUUCCAUCCAAUUUGUGCUAGGGAGGCAAGACAUAGAAUGGAAAUAUGGGGAAACCUUGGAACUGAUGAGGUUGAAUUACGUGCGUUUUGUUCUAAGCAUUCUGAAGUGGAACAUGAUCAUGGAAGCCAAGAUACUCAAGAUAUUUCACCAACAGCAGCUGAUCAGGAUCUUAGCAAGCAUAAUGAGGUUGCAUUGGAUGGAGAGGAGUUGCUUGACCAUACACCCAAGUUUGAGACUGAUCCUCGAAAUGGAGAUGCAUCACAUCAUUUUCCUGAGUGUUCAGUGGAUUGUAAUUACAGCGAAUUCCAUGCUUGUGCUGUCCUUAAUUUUAAGAUGAUACUGAAGAAGUUGCUUGAUCUUGGGAAAAUUAAUGUUGAAGAUCUAGCCUCAGAGAUUGGUGUUUUGCCCGAUUCACCGAUCACAAUACUCACAGACAAUCACAUAGUUCCUGAGUUACGAUGUAAGCUACUGGGAUGGUUGAAAAACCAAUCUCAUAUUGGAAACUUACAGCAACUGAAAGUGAAAAUUGGAGCACCUAUGGUGCCCAAUGCUGUGGCAGAUGCUGUUGAAGGUGUGGGUGCUGUUUCAGUAGAGGAAUCUAGUAUUUCCGAUUCCGUUCCAGUUAAAUCUGUUCCACUUCGCAGACGAACUAAAAGCAACAUAAGACCGGUGAGAGAUGACAAGGCAGAAGAGCCCGAUGGAGAAGAUUCAAAUGAUCCAUCUGAAGAAUCUUUACCAGAUGAUGCACAGGAGAGUUUUGUUGAUCCUGGUCAGCACCAAGAUAAUUCAGCUGCCAAGUCUAUGAAAAUUGAAGAUGAGCUGAUAGCCCUGUUACGGUGUCUCAGUGAAGAUGGUCUACUUGGGGAGGCUGGAAAAUGCCAUGAAAUAGCUAAUUCCUCUCUCUUAGAAAGUGGGGAAGUUAAACAUGCUUCAUACAUACACCCAAUCAUCCACAGAAAAUUGAUGCAAAUCAAGAAUGAUGCACAUGAGAAAACUUCAUCCUACCAUUUUGCAGCAGUUUCGAGGGAUCACGAAGCUUCACAAUUGGAAGCAUCUUCUACUUCAGCAUCGUCUCUCUCUAAUCGCAACCUGCAAGAAACAUAUGGAGAUAAUGAUGGUAGAUGUGAUGGAGUGAAUGGUGAUGAAGCAGCCGAGGCAAGAAGUCUUGGUUUGCAAGAACUGUCUCCUGUGGAUGAAGUUGAAGGAGAGCUUAUAUAUUAUCAACAAAGACUCCUCAACAACGCUCUUACAAGAAAACGCAUAAGUGAUGAGUUGAUUUUGAAGGUUGUUAGGAGCCUUACACAGGAGAUGGAUGCUACAAGGAGAAGGAAGUGGGAUGAUGUAUUGGUUAGCCAGUAUAUUCAUGAGCUUCGGGAAGCAAAAAAGCAGGGCAGAAAAGAGCGCCGGCAUAAGGAAGCUCAAGCCGUGUUAGCUGCUGCAACUGCUGCAGCUGCAGCUUCAUCAAGGGUGUCUUCAGUAAGGAAAGAUAACCUUGAAGAUUCUUCGAGGCCUGAGCUGAAGAAAGAAGCCAUUUCUAGGCCCAGAUCCACGUUUGAAGCUAAUUCUGAAUCCAGUCGAUUAGCUUCCAAUGAUCAGCCUAGUACCUGUGACAUAUGCAGGCGCACUGAAACAGUUCUAAAUCCAAUUUUAAUCUGUGCAAGAUGCAAGGUUGCAGUUCACUUGGAUUGCUACCGCAGUGUUCGAAGCACUUCAGGGCCAUGGCUUUGUGAAUUGUGUGAAGAAUUGUUUUCUUCCCAAGGUUCAGAGGCUGUGGUAGCGAAUUCCUCCGAGAAACCUUACUUUGUUGCUGAGUGUAGUUUGUGUGGUGGUACUGCGGGUGCUUUCAGGAAGUCAACAGAUGGUCAAUGGAUUCAUGCCUUUUGUGCUGAAUGGGUGUCAGAGUCAACAUACAGAAGGGGGCAGCUUAAUCCUGUUGAUGGGAUGGAUCGUGUUGGCAAGGGGGUUGAUACAUGCACCGUAUGCCACCGGAUACAUGGUGUCUGCCUGAAGUGUAGUUAUGGUCACUGUCAGACCAUGUUUCAUCCUACCUGUGCUAAAAGUGCUGGUUAUUACAUGAGUGUGAGGACUAAUGGUGGCAAAUUACAGCAUAAGGCUUACUGUGAAAAGCACAGUGGAGAACAAAGAGCAAAGGCUGAAACUCAAAGGCAUGGGGUUGAUGAGUUAAAAAGCCUUAAGCAAGUCAGGGUUGAAUUGGAGAGAUUGCGACUUCUAUGUGAAAGAAUAGUCAAAAGGGAGAAACUAAAGCGUGAAUUGGUCCUUUGCUCUCAUUCAAUUCUUGCCACAAGUCGAGACUCUGUUCUAUCUGCUCUGGCCCAGCAUCCCUAUUACCAACCCGAAUGUAGUUCCGAAUCAGCUACAACCUCCAUUAAAGGCUACACCGACGACUACAAAUCAGGCAGCGAAUUAGUGCAAAGAUCAGAUGAUAUAACGGUGGACAGUACAGUUACAGGUAAAAGACGAAUCAAAUUUCCCAUUCCUGGGGACAUGGACCAAAAAACUGAAGACAGUUCUACAUCCCAAACCCUUUACACACUAAAACCCACGGAAAGAGUAUCCUUCGCCGGGAAGCAUAUUCCCAAAAGACACGUGCCAUCGCCAAGCCCUUCAGACAAUGUAGAAAAGAAUUCGAAAUAUAGGAAACCGCCGGAAACAUUUGAAAAAGAGCUCCUAAUGACUUCAGACCAAGCGUCAAUGAAGAACCAACGGCUGCCUAAAGGAUUCGUGUAUGUUCCUGUUCGAAACCUAUCCAAAGACAAGGACAAGCCGAGCCCCGACGAACGAUCUAAGGAACCAACCGAAUGAAACCGGCAUCAUCGUCGAUACUGAACGACCCGAGAUGCUGAGCUUUGGAGCAUAGAUGUGUGUAUAUGCAAGUUCAGUCCCCAUUGCAUGUAUUUCAUGGGCCUAAUUUGUUUAGCCUUAUUCUUCUUCUCUCUCUAGAUAUAUAUGUAUUCCAUAACCACAAUUUCAGAGUUAGGAAAGGCAGUUUUAAUGGCAAUGGCAAUGAAUUGCAUUUGUAAUUGUAUAAAAAGCCUGGAGCGUUUGGGAUCUGUAAAUUUAGUGUAAAUACAUAUUCUAGUGACCAUUCAAUAUUCAAACCUUGAA